UGCCUGCCUCUGUUCCUCUUUGGGAUUUUUUUUUUUUCAAUUUGGUCUCCCAUUAAACCAAGGAGGAGAAUGUGAAAAGGGGGGAAAAUGCCCAGGAGGAAGCAGGAGCAACCCAAGCGCCUCUCUUCACAUGGUACUAGACAGGAAGAAGCUGAAGAGGAGCUUAGCGAGGAAGAACAUUGGUUUGGGAACUCUUCAGAAACCCCAUCAGAAGCAUCUUAUGGAGAAGUCCAGGAGAACUUCAAAUUAUCCUUUGAGGACAGGAUUCAAGAGCAAUCCACAUCUCCAGACACUUCUUUGGGAAGCAGGACUCCUAGCAGCAACACACUGGAGUUGGUGGCUGUUGAGAAUGAGGCCAUAAGGGAUGUAUUACAGAACAAGGAACAUCAAUCCUCUAGCGUGUCUUCUAUCUGUGAGGAUGAUACUCCUGGCCCAAACAAGCCAUUGAGUAGUAACUUGAGACGUCUGCUGGAGGCUGGUUCUCUCAAGCUAGACACUACUAUCACAGUUAAUGGCCGGGUUGAGUCCCCUAUAAAUCUUGGCUCGAAUAUCUCUUUUUCUCCAUCUACACAUCAUGCUCAGCAGCUAAGUGUCCUUGCUAGAAAGCUAGCUGAAAAACAGGAACAAAACGAUCAGUAUGGUGCAAACACAGGGUUCAUAUGGAAUCAAGGAAAAUGGUUGCCCAACUCAUUGCCAUCUUGUGGCUUGUCUCCAGAUUCAGCAAUCCUAAAAUUGAAAGCUGCUGCCAAUGCAGUCCUUCAGGACAAGUCUCUUUCUCGAACUGAAGAUACAACAAUAAGGUUUGAAACCUUUUCCUCACCGUUUAGUUCUCAAUCAGCUAGCUCCACCUUAGCUGCACUAUCAAAGAAGGUCAGUGAAAGAAGCAUGACUCCUGGGCAGGACCACUCACCGCCAGCAAGUUCUUUUCUUUCUCUUGCCUCAAUGACUUCUUCAGCAGCCCUACUCAAGGAGGUUGCUGCAAGAGCUGCAGGCAGCCUUUUGGCUGAAAAGAAAAAGUCACUGGUUGUAGAAGAUCCCCUGCAGCUUUCAGACAUGAAGCAAGAGAAAGUGACUCCACCACAAUCUUUGGAACUAUUGUUACUCCCAGCCCCUAAAGGAAGAGCUUCGAAAACCUCAAAUUCAGCCUCAGAAGAAGAAAGUGGGAAACCUUUCCAAUGUCCAAUCUGUGGUUUGGUUAUAAAAAGGAAGAGCUACUGGAAGCGACACAUGGUGAUCCAUACAGGCUUAAAAAGUCAUCAGUGUCCUUUAUGUCCAUUUCGUUGUGCACGUAAAGACAAUUUGAAAUCACAUAUGAAGGUUCACCAACACCAGGACCGGGGAGAGACAUUUCAGUGCCAGCUGUGCCCAUUUACUUCCUCUCGCCAUUUCAGUCUGAAACUCCACAUGCGUUGCCAUCAACACUUCCUGAGGACAGAAGCCAAAGUGAAGGAAGAGAUCCCAGAAAUGGAUGUCAAGGUCUCACCACUACUCAGUGACAACUCCAGAAUGGGGCAGGAGGUGGAUGGAGGAACAGACCAUGUAGGGACUACUGCUGCCUCUAGAUCUCCUGAUGCACUUGGACAGGUGGGAGUUGCCAUCCCACCUCUGCUAGUCAAAGAAGAACCCAAAGAUGACAGCAGUGCCCCUAGCCCCUCUUUUGCCCUCAAUGUUGUUGACAGAAUUGCCAACAGUACAAAGCUAAAAGACUCCAUUGACUUUGUGACCAAUACAGCAUCAGCACUUUUCAGCCAGGAUAUCUCAGUCAAGAUGGCUUCCGAUUUUCUCAUGAAGCUCUCAGCUGCAAAUCAAAAAGAACCGUUGACACCUACAUUUAAAGUGAAAGAUGAGCCGAAAGAUGAGGACAAUGCAAACUCCACGUUGCCUAAAACCAAUUAUGUUUUUAGUCAUGAACCUGAGGUAUCCACACCAAUUAUUCCUAAGGAGAAUCUCAAACCACAAGAAGUGCCAGCAAAUGUACUGCAGCAGGAUAUGUCAGUCAAAGCAGCAUCUGAACUUCUCAUGAAAUUAUCAGCGGAAAGUCACAAGGAAUCCCAGAUAAUGAAGGUUAAAGAAGAGCCAAUGGAAGUUGAGAUUCAUGACUCCCAAGCCUCUGUUUCACCCGGCCAAAAUGUCAGCUACAGCACUUUACUCAGGCAAGAGAUAACCGAACAGGUACAAAAGAUCCCUGAAAGCCGUGUAGUCCCGGAGAGAAACCUCUUUAGCCAAGAUAUAUCUGUGAAAAUGGCUUCAGAAUUACUUUUUCAAUUGUCAGAAAAAGUGAGCAAAGAGCACAAUCACUCUAAAGAUAACACCAUCACAACUACAACUGGCCCAUUUUUUUCUGAAGAUACUUUUAGACAAUCACUAUUCACUUCCAACUCAAAAGAUCUCCUGUCUAACGAGAGUGCUGUUCAGGGAAGGACAACGGUUCUAGAAACAGAGAAGAUAGGACUGGAAGCUGGAAAUGGGUUGCCAUCCUGGAAAUUUAAUGACCAGCUCUUUCCUUGUGAUGUAUGUGGAAAAGUGUUUGGCCGACAACAGACGUUGUCCCGACAUCUCUCCCUGCACACAGAAGAGAGAAAAUACAAAUGCCACUUGUGCCCAUAUGCUGCUAAGUGCCGUGCUAAUCUGAACCAGCAUCUGACUGUGCAUUCUGUGAAGUUGGUGAGUACAGACACUGAGGACAUUGUCAGCGCUGUCACUUCUGAAGGCAGUGAUGGAAAGAAGCAUCCUUAUUAUUACAGUUGUCAUGUGUGUGGAUUUGAAACCGAGAUGAAUGUCCAGUUUGUCAGUCAUAUGUCGCUUCAUGUGGAUAAAGAACAAUGGAUGUUUUCUAUUUGCUGCACAGCCUGUGAUUUUGUUACCAUGGAAGAGGCAGAGAUGAAGGCUCACAUUGCCAGCAAGCAUGCAGGUGAAGAAAGGAAGACACCCAGUGACUCAACCAGUCCUUCUUCUUUGUCCUUGUCAGCUCUUAGUGAUUCUGCCAACAGUAAAGAAGAUGCAGAUAUCAGCCCCAAACCCAAGGGAUCGAAUAACCUGCUAGUUAUUUCCGUAGUGCCUGGUAGUCAGACUCUAUUAAAUGUGGAAGAAAAAUCAGAGAAAGGUUUUGAAUGUGUUUUCUGUAACUUUGUCUGCAAAACAAAAACCAUGUUUGAGCGCCAUUUGCAAAUCCACCUGAUUACAAGGAUGUUUGAAUGUGAUGUGUGCCACAAGUUCAUGAAGACUCCUGAGCAAUUACUGGAGCACAAGAAAUGCCAUACUGUCCCCACUGGUGGGCUCAAGUGCCCCUUCUGCAUUUAUUCCACAAACCGUCCAGCAGCAAUGGAAUGCCAUUUGAAAACCCACUACAAAAUGGAGUACAAGUGCCGGAUCUGCCAAGCAGUGAAAGCCAAUCAGCUCGAGCUGGAAAUGCACGUUCGAGAGCAUCGCCUUGGCAACCACUACAAGUGUGAUCAGUGUGGCUAUCUUUCAAAGACCGCCAACAAGUUAAUAGAGCAUGUGCGUGUGCAUACGGGGGAGCGCCCUUUUCACUGUGACCAGUGCAGCUACAGCUGCAAACGCAAAGACAAUCUCAACCUGCACAAGAAACUCAAGCAUGCGCCCCGGCAGACCUUCAGCUGCGAAGAGUGCCUCUUCAAGACCACCCACCCGUUUGUCUUCAGCCGCCAUGUGAAGAAACACCAAAAUGGAGACUGCUCUGAAGAGGAGAAAAAGGGCCAGGGUGUGACUUCCAAGGAAGCCGGCCCCCUGCUUGUGGCCAACAAUCCCCGCAGCCUCUUGUCCCCUCUUUCAGUGAUGUCAGCCUCCCAUGCGCUGCAGACGGUGGCCAUGUCAGCUGCUCACAGUGGCGGGGUAGAGCCAAACCUGGCGCUGAGGGCCUUGACCGUAAACGGCACUUCCCUGUGCUUUGACAAAUAUCGGAACUCUGAGUUUGCCCACCUCAUUCCCUUGACCAUGUUUUUCCCCAGAAACCACUUUGAAAUCACAUUCCACUCACCCCGAUCACAGACCCUACACUUGGAUGACACUUCGCCGAAGCACUCCUUCCUCGCCUAUCUUGGACUAACAGAAAGGGCAGAAACUCUCUAGGGCAGCCACAUUCUGUACCAAAAAUACUCCCCACCCCACCCCGACACACCACCCCAUCAGACUCCAAGCAGGUUUUAUUUCAAACCAUAGAUCCAAGAGGUUGGCUGCCCAAACAUUUGUACAAUAUAUUGUUAGUAGUAAGAUACAGUAAAGAAAAUGGCUCCACGUGUCUCCUUAAUACAUGGCCAUGAAGGCUGCUUUGGUAAACCUUCAGAGAGAUGACCUCCUGCAUAUUUCUACUUUCAGAGGCAUGUUUCCGUACUCUUACCUGAGAAACUCUUUUGUCUCCUUUAAGCUGAACAAGAGUGUCCUUAAUGGCAGUCAGCACUAGCUAAGAUGACCCUUUGAUGCAUUUGACUGUGGGUUCUGAAUCUGAGCAUUUCUAAAAGAGAGUUUGGGUGCCAUGGCAUUGCUUUUGCACAUCCUUUUGUACUGGCUUAUUUAAUAUGAACUUAAGAAGCUGCCUUAUGCUGCAUCAGACUAGUGGUCCAUCAAGCCCAGUAUUGUCUAUUACGAUUGGCACCAGUUCUCCAGGGUCUUGGACAGAAGUCAUUCCUAGCAGCUACUUCCUGAGAUUUCUUAACUAGAGAUGCUGGUGACUGAAUCCGGGAUCUUUAUACGUGCAAAGCAUGUGCUCUACCACUGAGCUGUGGCCCCACCCCCGUGAAACAUAUUGCAGUCCUCCAUGCUUGCUCACCUUGCCUGCUUCUCUUUUAUUGCUCAGUUAUGGAAUGUAGGAACAGCAAUCAAAAAGAACUAGCAUGGCAGUCAGUCCUGCUGGGAAUUUGCUAUAUUAUAGUGGCUAAGUUAGUCUCACAUCUCAGAAUUUGAUGAUCAGGGCAAAAGCAGAGAAGAGGAAAUUACUUUAGCCUUGCAAGGUGACGCUGUUUCAUAUGUUAAACAACUUUCCUACAUGGAGAUACUCUGUAUGGCCAGUGCAUGUACACAUGUAAUAUGAAGGGCUUUUCUCUGUGUACUCAGACUGGGUAGCCAAGUUUUCAUACCUGCUGCUCCAUGGAUUUAUUCAUGUUAUGCUCUCUCUUGCCUUCCCCAGCAAAAAGCACUCCAAUCACCUUUGAAAUAUUACAGUCAACAUGUAUUAUCUCUAUGAAGGAAAAAAGAUAAUGUCUAAAGCACUCCUGAAUACGUAACAGUGAUGUAUGAGAAGGCAGCUAGAUUUAUAAACAGCAAGUGUAUUCCAUACAUCCACCUGAUCCAAUUCUUUGCUUAUAUUCACGUAACUUGGGAUCCCUUCUUAAAAUACUUUAUGAUACAAAUACCCAAGAGCAAGGUACGUAUGAUAAGGCAUUUGUUUUAGAUUGGACAUACACAUUACAUUUAAAUUGCUGCUUUUCUUGGUCAGAUAACUGGAAACAGAAACCUGAUCAUUUUGCCAACAUGAUUCUCUAGUUGGCUAAGACAAAUAUCUGAUUCAAAGAUAUGUGCACUAGUCAAAUUUGAUGCAAAGUCAAUACAGAAAAAUAUAGCAAACAGCCCUCAGACCACAAAAUCACACCUACACAUUCUCGGUCUGAAUGCAGUGGUUAGCUUAUUUGCAAAGACAAGGGCAUACAUUUAACAGUGAUUAAACCCAGAAGAAGGAAUUUUAAAAAGGAAGGAUUUCUUAAAUUCUGGGCAUGAGGGCUCAGACUAAAUAAAGGCAGGUUUUGCACAGUGGUUGAGUCUUGCACUAGUAUGUUUCUCACUAGCAAAAAAUAAAUAGAAGUAAGAAACAUGUCAAAGAUAAUGUUUCUUUUUUUGACUGAAGAAUAUCAGAUUGUAUAUUUGAAAAGUAAGUGCAAGUUCUUUUAAAUGGAAGGAGAAAAAGGUGCUGUUUAAUUAUAGAAUUCUCUUUUAUAAGCCCAGCUAUUCAGCUAUAUUGGCAACUUUUGUGUUCUAUACCCUUCAUGUUAUUUGUAUUCCUUUAUAUCAUUUUGCUAAUGCUUACUCAAGUGUACUCUUCUAGGAAGGUAACUUUAUAUUUUCUUAAGGCUCUUAUUUUUAGUCAUUAAAAUGACAUAAAUAUUGCACUUUAUUGCAGUAGAAGCAAAUGUUGCAUUCCUAAUGGUUGAUCUAAAUAUUAACUUUUCCUGAGAUUAAAAAAAUGCCCAUGCACUGAACAUGUAUUAUGAAUCACUAUCACAUAAGCUUUCCCCACUAAAAAAAUUAUGGGGGAGAGGGGAUUCAAAGACCUUACAACAGAGAACAAGGAAGGAAAAAGCCUAAAUAUCAGCCAUUUGUAAAAUUGAAGUUAACAUAAGCAUAGUCAAAAUAAUGAAAGUCCAGAAAGAAGUUUAACCAACAUAUAGCCUUAUCUGGCUAACUAUUAUGGUGAAAUAAGUCAUUAUUUUAAAUAUCCUAAGAGAAAUUUAGGGGCCCUGUUUAUUGCACUAAAUUCUGAUAAAAAUACUUUUAGAAAUUUUGUGAGCUGUUCUUUUAACAAAAGAUGAUUAAGAUAAGGUUGGUAUAGUGUGAUGAACUGUGACAUUCCAGUGGCAUUCCACCCCAAACUGAGGUGGCGUUGCAAUACUAUGCAAUAGUCGUCAUCGCUUACUGGAGCCUUCCCCAGCCAUUCAUCAUGCUGGCUGGGGCUUCUAGGUGGUGUAAGCCCAAUGCAACUUGAACGUAUAAGGUAGGGGAAGGCUGAGUUUUUGACCCUAUUCCCAUGACAUUAUCAACCUCAUCAUCCAUGUGCCAAGUUAUACUCACCGUCCUGUGCAAAAAGCACUUAAUCAAGGCUGGAUCAGUCCAUGGACUGGGAGCCAUUUUUUAAAAUCCUGCUGCUGUUGAGGCAGGAAGGAUAUCAUUUUCUGCCUCCUUUCCUAUUUUUCACCAUACAUCAGAGUGGGGGGAAAAAAGGCCAGGAAGGAAGUUCUUACCCAUUUCCUACUUGUUUCUGUUCCUUUUUUUUUUUUUUGUCAUGCAGUCACGAGGGUGAAAACCAAAACAGCCAUAUAGAUGGAAUAUCUUUUUUUUAAAAAAAACUUUUCACAGGCCUCUCUCUAGAAUUUCAUCUCUAUCCUAGGAGAGAUAAGUGUUAAUUAACCCCACGGUCAGCCACAACAUGGCUAACCCGAGGGAUUUAAUUUAGUCCUUUGCAUAAUUAUUUAUGGCUAAUCCUAACUCCCUCAUGGUUGGUUGCUAUCUCAGCUAACCCAUAAUUUUUGUUGGCCAGUUAAGUGUCAUGGGAAAAGGGCCAUUAAUUGCCCCUUCCUCAUUGUUCCAGUGAAGCCUAUCUUGGGGAAUAGGGCUCCUGUGCACCAUAGCAACCUCGCGAGUCUUGAAGCCUGGCAACAGAAGACUGGUAGUCUGGGAUGCGAAAGGUGCGCAGGACACUGUCGUGCAGGAGUGCUGCAGUGGCAGAUCCAGCUGGGCAACAGUAUGGUGUUCUAAUAGGAUGGGUGGGAUUCUGCAACAAAUGAGUGAUCUGGCCUUACCCUUACCCAGAGUGUUGCUGCUGCAGCAUUGCCAAACACAGAGAGUAAGAGUUUGAUCUCAAUUAUCUAAUCCAGCCUUCCCCAACCAAAUACCAUCCAUGCAUGUUGGAUUAUAGCUCUCCUCCACCCCUGACAGCACACCUUGGCCAUGAUUUAAAAUAUGCAUCAGCUCACAUGGAGGGCACCAGACUGAAGCAACGUGAACUCUGCAGGUUUGGGAAACUUGUUUUGGGAGUAAUCUUGAACCAAUUGUUCAGCUACAGUUGCCAUUGAAGGAAUAACCUUCAUAAAUCUCCUCUGCUGGUGAUUUUAGAAGAAAUAAAGGCGAAUGCCACACUUGUUAGGGAGCAUAAUAAUUUGGAAUGGUAACAAUUCUGUGGCAAAAGGACUUAUGGAGAUUUCUUCCUGCAAUUGGUUGCUGCAGUUAACUAAAUACAUUUAAGGUGUUUUAAGAUAACUUCCAAACAAUCAAACAGCAACCCUAUAAAAGAGAAAUAAAUCAAGUAGUGUGUCAGCAAGCUACACAUGCAUAGGAAUGUUAAAAGCAUAUUUUUUCCUGUAAACCAAAUAGUGCAAUAUACAUAGGGAUUUCAAGGAAUGAGAGUAUUAUGAUGCUAUGAGCAAUUUAAUGCUUUGGGUUUAACCAUUUUCCUUUUGUAUUUGUUUGUCAUAGUAAUGCUUAAUGUAAUUGGGCAGCUUUAUUUAGCACUUUGACCACUGAAUUUUUUCUGGAAAGUUAAUUAUGCAUUGUUUCUGUUUAAGAGGAAAAAAAAGAAUUUGAGGUGUUUUUAUUUUUUUAAGGAAAAAUAUACAGUAUUUAUCAAAGCCCUUGCAUACCCAAGAAUUGGUCUGCUGUUUGAUGCUAAAACUAGGAAUGCUCUCUAAUAUAUCUUUUGCUUGUUAAAAAAACUUAAUGUUUGUACCAACAGUUCACUUUGUACCAGUUUUUUCCCCACUAUGCACUCCUUACCUGGCUUCUGGUUUUUUUCAAUUUGGUUAUAUUCUCAGCACCUUUCUUGCUUUCCCUUUUCCUUUUAACUUGCUGUAUCAUAUUCAAAUAUCACACUGUCAAGGUUUGUGUACAUUAAUGGAAAUUUGUAAUGUAUAAAGCUUUUUUUUUUUUUUGCAUUCUAAGGCUGUACAGGGUCAUUUUGACAGUAAUUAGUAUAUUUCUCUGCAUCUUACGUUGCAUUGCCAAUUUCUAGUGUAUCCAGUUUGGAAGUAUAUAUACUCAAAUUAAAACAAAGUUGUCUAUA